ACUGCUGUGACGUCGGCUCGGCGCACAGGCAAGAUGGCUACGUCGGCUUGGCUGCAUGGCCCGUCUGCGAUGCGCCUCACGGAGGGUCUGGUGUCGGUUCUGAAAGAGCAGCGUCCGGAGUACCUGCCCGCCCUGCUGGCCAGCUACAGGGAACAUGGCGUGUUCCCGACACAGGGCGCCAGCGCCGUCGGGGGUCUCGUGGGUUUCAGCAACGCCAAGCUGGGCUCGAGCAAGACCAGGUUUGAGGGGCUCUGCCUGCUCUCUAUGCUGGUCAAAGACAGCUCCAGUGACCUGUUCGAGCAACACUGCCUUUCCUGGCUCCGUUCCCUGCAGCAGGUCAUACAGUCCCAGGCUCCAGUUCAAACCAUCCAGCUCGCUGUGAACAUUCUGAAGGAUUUGCUGCAGUAUUCAUCCCAGCUAGCCGAGCUGGCCAGGGAAGUCGGCCUCAACUCAAUCCUGGGCAUCCUGACGUCUCUACUGGGCCUCAAGACAGAGUGUGAGUUGUCAGCCAUGGAGGGAAUGAUGGCCUGUAUGAGCUACUACCCCAGAGCCUGUGGAUCCCUGCGGGACAAACUGGGAGCAUAUUUCCUGUCCAAGAUGGACAGUACAAACAAGAAGACGCAAGAGAUGGCUUGUCAGUGUUAUGGUCGCUUGCCCUGUCUGGGGGGCCUGUUGGACAGAGGGGUGGGUGCGGGCAGAGCCGAGGGUUGGACCAAUCAGAUCCACUGCUUACUUGCAACAGCCAAUGGCCUGUUGGCUCAGAUCUACCAAGGCUCAGAAACAGAUGGAACAGUGCAAUAUGAAGGUCCGGGGCUGGAGCUGUCCUUUUCUCAUCUCGACCAAUCAGACCCACUGCUGCUGUUGCAGCUCCAGCACAGAUACACAGCUGUCUGCCUGGCCCUCAAACACACACUCAGGGUGGAUCCAGCCUCAGCGGUCCGUCUGCCUGUCAGACCAGUACUCAACCUGGUGUGCCGAGCCCUUGCUGUCAGCUCUAAGAGCAUAAAUUUAACAGGAGAUGGAAGUGUGAGGAUGCUGGUCCUGCCCAUCAUACACACUAACACACUGGAGGUCCUAUCAGCCCUCAUCACAGCUGUGCGUAGUGGCAUGGUUCAAUACACUGUAGUUCUACAGAGGCUGUUUUCUCAAACCCUGUCGGCCUGGUCGCCUCUACAAGAAGCCGGUAUGGGGCAGCAGAGAGCCUACAGCACCGUGCGGGUGUCUGUGUACAGAACCUUAGAGCUCUGGGUCCAGGUGGCUGGAGCCUCUGCGAGCAUUCUUCAGGGAAGCCCGGGCCAUUCGGAGCUCCUGUUCAGCCAACUGCUCAGCGACAUCACACCAGGGGCGGACUCUGUCAAGCUUCGAGCGGGUCUCUCAGCUGAUGUGGUUCCUGGAGGGAAACCAGGCCCUCGGAGGACCAAGCCUUUGGUCAUAGCAGACGCAGGCGGGACGUCACUCCAGAGGAAAGGAGACCUGCUGGCCAAUCAGGACACUUGCCUUUCAGCCCUCAGAGCACUGAGACAAAUCAUACUGACCAGUGGCACACUGCUGAAGGACGACAUACACAAGCGUCUUCACGCCGUGGUGCUGCCGCUGUGCGUGCGUCUGCAGCAGCAACAGUCCAGCAGCAGCAGUAUAUGUGAAUCUGCAGGGGGGGUCGGCGGGCAGUACAGCAGCGCCCUCUCUCGACGGGAGCUGUACAGGUUAGUGCUGGCUCUGGUCCUAGUCCCAUCACCCUGUUGGCCUCCUCCUUUGACCUGUGCUGUGUCCGUCCUCAGCAAAGGACGCGCUGACCGCAACCUCAAGGUCUCUACAUUCUGUGCUGAGGCUCUGACCAUGUGUAACUCCCUGCUCCAUCCUCGUAGACCCUCCAUUGCCCUCCCCAUGCCGCCCCUCACACUGAAACCCACCCCCACCGCACCAGUCCUCCCAUCCUCCCAGGGACCUACCCCUGGACUCACUUUGCCAACCCUUUUAGGAGGCACCACCCCAGGUACCCCCUUCCCCACCCGCCACUCUCUCAGCUUGGGCCCUACCUCCCUGCUGGGCUCACUGGAGAACCAUCUCUCCCUGGGUCCGGGGCUGUCCGGUCAGGCCCCCACCCCAGGAGACAUGAUCCUGUCCCCGCACACACACCACCUGCCAGACCAGGCUGGGCUCGGGCCUCCAGAGGGGCAGAGGCCCGUGUUCGUCCGUUAUGAAAAGGAAGAGGUGGAGGAUGUAGAGAUCUCUCUGGCCAGUGACUCAGAUGACAGUGUGGUCAUCGUUCCUCCGGGUAUGCUCAAAAUGGAGAACCAGCACGAUGACACAGCAGUAACAGCAAACUCCCAGAACGUGGCCUCUGCCACACCAGGGGGCACAACAGUCACGCUACCGGGAGGAGAGUGUGUCACCAUGGUACCUACCACUGCAGCACCAGCAACAAUUGAUGGCGUCUCGCUUUCCAACAACCUCGCCACAUCCUCCUCUCUCCUCACCACUCCCACCACCCCCAUUAACUCCUUCCCCCCUUCCAGCACCUCAGUGGUUUCUCUGGUUCCACCUCUGAACUCCAGCACUCUCACAGCCCCACCCGGCAGUCUGGGGGACUCAAUGCCUGGCAGACCCCAGCUCCAGCAGAUGCUGAUGCAGCCAUCCACCCCAGGCCAGCCCGGCCCCAUGGGCCUACCACUGCAAAUGCACCAGCUGCAGAACCAGCUGAGUCAGCAGGGACGGCACCUUCACCAGCACCAGACUCCAUCUGCCAGCAACGAAGAUUCAGCCGUCAUCAACAUCAACAGCACGGACGAGGAGGAGGAAGAGGAGGACAUGGAGGAUGACGAAGAGCUGGAGGAGGAAGAGGAAGGCAUGGAGGAGGAGGACGAGGACGAAGAAGUGAGUGAUUUUGCGGAGGAGGAGUUUUAUGAUGGAGAGGAGUAUGAGGAUUAUGAUGAAGAAGAGCUGGAGGAAGAGGAAGAGGAGGAGGAGGAUGGAGACAUACCUCCACUGGAGGGCGCAGAAGACAAAGCGGAGGAGGUUGGGCUGGAGGAGGGGAAGGUGCUACAGGCAGCAGUGGAUGAAGGAGGGAUCGCUGGAUUCAGCAUGGAGGGCGACGAAGAGGGGGGUAUAGAGGAGAUCCAGACUAACAGAAUGCUAUUCUCAGAGGAUCGGAUGAAGGUGCAGGAGGUGGAGAGCAUCGGAGUCCUGGAGGACGCCCCGGGGGGCGAGGAGGAUGAGAGCGAGAGGAUGGAUGACCCUACCAUGCCACAGAUACUUUGCGUCACCGGAGGGGCGUUGGAGGAGAGGGAGGAAACGGAGGAGAAGGGAGGGGGAGUUGGAGGAGGAGUGGUGCAGGAGGAGGAAAGCUCUUGGGAGCAAGAAACCAGUGAGGUGGAGCUGACGGCCUCCUCAGAAGAGCACACAGCCAAUCAGAACCAACAGGAGUCGAGGGCUGAACUGGCCCAGGAGGCCAGCGCAAGCGAUGACCAGCCGUGUGGUCAUCGAGAGGAGCAACCAGCUGCUCGCGAAGGAGACUCUGCAGCUGCGGAGCCUGAAACCUCAGCGGCUCUGAAUACUCGAGAGAAAGAGGAGACGGACGAGAAAAGAGACAUGACGGAAACAGAGCAGCAGGAGACGGAGGGAGGAGGAGGGGGAGAGAGUGAUGGAGAGGAGGGCAAAGGAGUGAAGAGGAAGAGGGACGAGGUGCACAGGGAGGAAGAGGCGGGACAAGGCACUGAGAAGAAAAAGCUGGACGAUGAAGCCAUGGCAUCCAUGUUGGCUGAUUUUGUCGCCUGUCCACCCGAUGAUGAAGACGGUGCCUCUGGAUCAAACCGCUCAUAAACACUUGCCAACCCAAACUGUAAUGUGAUAGAGGUCACCAUGGAUACUGCCAAGAUACUGUAUUAUGAUUACCAACAUUUCUGAGAUUGAGUUACCUCAUAAAAAAAACGAGUCCCCUAUUCAUUCAUUCUUCAAUGUUGACAUCAGCCUGGUGGAAUGUGGCCUCCAGGUUUCUGCCGGCCAACGUCGUUGCUGACUUCUAGGUACACUGUGUGGGAAAUAUUUGUAGACUUUACUUUUACAAGACCUUUUACUUCAUGACAACACCCCACUUGUAAUUGGCACACACUAGUUUCACGUGCUUGAACAAACUGUGCAUUGUCCCAUGAACUGGAGCUCACAGCUCACCUUACAUAGAUACACAUCAAGUACAAGUCCUGCAGUGAAGUUUUUUUCCUUGAUUUACAUGUACCUUUUGUGCUCUUCGUGUUUUGUCAUUACUGUCACAUGCUUUGCUAUAAAAAAGUAAAGAAAAUUCAACCGAAGUACAACAUUA